CUUAUAGGACAGCACUCUCCAACAUGGCGACCGCUGUCGUAACAGAUGACAAGCUGAGGCUGUCUCGAUUGGCAAAGAAGGUUGCGCAGGACCACUGGCACGAAGUAACGAGCAAGGCAAUCUACGAGGGGCCUUUUUAUGCAGACUGGAACAACAACAACAACUACAAAGAGCUGCAAGAAGUUUCGGAUGCGUGGACUCGUCUAGGGUCCACCAAUCUUAAAACGUGGACCGACCAUAAUACCCCAAAAGACAAAUGGAACCGGGCAGUGUUUUUGAAGACGAUGAUGCCACAGGCUUCUUCCACUUCCAAUGCGAAUGGGCAGUGUCUGGCAUCAAUAGAGCAGAUGUUUCAAGAAAUGAAGCAGAUACUUCACGAACAGACACAACGGAGACUUGAGGAACAUGCAACUGAAAGUGUCCUGGCUAUGAGCACUAGACGAUCCGGCCCCAUGUAUCCCAUAGUA